GGAUUAUCAACUGCCAUUUCUGUGGCUUUCACGUUAAGCAUUGAAAUCCGCGUGAAAAACAGAGGCCGGUUUCUCCUUUUCCCCCAUUUUCUUUUUGUUUCCCAGGAAAAUUGAAGCUCAAGCGAGGAACUUUUCCCCAAUUUCAUUCAUUUCCCAGAUAAGUUAUCUUCUCAAAUAUCCUUCCUUUUCCUUCCGGUUCACGCAAUUCGCUGCAGUAGAUUGUUUCCAUCUUUGCUUUUGCUUUCUCUGAAACCCCCAUUUCAGAAGCGAAUUCCUUCAUUUCCUCUGUUUCUCCGAAUUGGGAUUUGUUAAUUUCGUUCGCACAAGCGACCAACAAAUCCUGGUUUGGAGAGGAAGGAACCCUUUUGAGAUUUGAAGGGAGAAGUUGAGAUUUUGGGAGUUGGGUGGUGGAGAAAUUGUGUUAAUUUGUGUGGCUUUUGGACCCGUACGGGAAACCUAGGUUCUUGAAUUCAUUCAUGAUAUGUUUCUAUAGUAGUAUUACUAAGCUCAGAAGUUCUGGAUACUAUAAAGUUCUAUCUAUCCAUUAGUGUGGGAUUCUGGUCUCUAGCACUGUGGAUAACCUUGAUUGCAAUGAGAAAGCAACAACAGCAGAAGCAGCAGCAGCAACAGAAUGGCAAAGCAAGAGGAAUCAGUAGCCCUAAGUCCCCCACAGUGGACAAAGAUGAAGAAGUCUUCAUUUCCCUCUCCCAUGAGCUCAAAAAUGAAGGCAACAAGCUCUUCCAGAGGAGAGACCACGAUGGAGCUCUUCAGAAGUACGAGAAGGCCAUCAAACUGCUUCCGAAAACCCACAUCGAUGUAUCUCACCUGAGGAGCAACAUGGCAGCCUGCUACAUGCAGAUGGGGGUAAGCCAGUACCCUAGAGCGAUAGACGAGUGUAACCUGGCGUUGGAGGUCACACCGAAGUAUGGCAAGGCGUUGCUCAAGAGGGCGAGGUGCUACGAGGCACUGAAUCGCCUCGACUUGGCAUUGAGAGAUGUUGGGACAGUGUUGAAGAUGGAGCCUGCAAAUGUGAUGGCGUUCGAGGUUUGGGAGAGGGUGAAGAAGUCGUUGGAGAAGAAAGGGCUCAAGGUUAAUGAUACAUCGAUCGAGUUGCCUGCUGACUAUGCUGAGCCAAUUCCAAAAGCCCCUAAAGAGAGGACACCGAGGAAGAAAAAGAACGGGAAGAUUGAUGAGAAGAAGUCUGAGGAUGGGAAUGAAGAAGCUUUGGUUGUGGUAGAGAAUAGACCUAUGAAGAGCAUGAAAUUGGUGAUGAGAGAGGAUAUAAGAAUGGCUCAAGUUCCGGUAAACUGUAGUCUUCUGGAGCUGAAAGAAGUAGUGUCUGACCGGUUUCCUGGUUCUGGCCCAGUCCUCAUCAAAUACAAGGAUCAAGAAGGAGACUUGAUCACCAUAACUACCGAUGAAGAGCUUCGUUUAGCUGAAGCAUGUUCAUCACCACAAGGCGGCUCAUUCAGGCUGUAUCUGGUCGAGAUCAAUCCUCAACAAGACCCGAUUGAGGAAAGACUCAAGCAUGGUGGAAUGAAGAGAGUUGACACCAAGACAUGGAACAUGGAGAGAGAUAGAGAGAUCAAGAAGGGAAUGCGCUACAUCGAUGAAUGGAUUGUAGAGUUCGCUAAGCUGUUUAAAGACCAUGUGGCACUUGAUACUGACUCCUAUUUCGGGCUCAAUGACCUUGGUAUAAAGGUCUAUUCGGAGGCUAUUGAGGAGACUGUGACUAGUGAGGAAGCACAGGGGUUGUUCAACACAGCAGCUGAGAAUUUCCAGGAAAUGGCGGCUUUAGCGUUGUUCAACUGGGGGAAUGUUCACAUGUCGAGAGCUAGGAAGAAGAUAGAGUUCAAAGAUGAUGCCUCUCGAGAGGCAAUGCUUGAGGGAAUCAAUGUGGCAUUCGAAUGGACAAAGAAGGAGUACUUGGAGGCGGGGGAGAGGUAUGCUGAAGCAUUGAGGAUAAAACCAGACUUUUACGAGGGUCUUCUGGCUUUAGGGCAGCAGCAGUUUGAGAGGGCAAGGCUCACUUGGUACUAUGCCCUCAGCUGCAAAGUUGACUUGUCAAAUUGGUCUUAUGCUGAGGUCAUAGAACUGUAUAAUAGUGCUGAGGGAAAUGUGGAUAAAGGGAUGGAUAUGUGGGAAGCUGCGCAAUCACAACGGAUUACCCAUCUCACAGACAGAACUAAGAUUAAGCCUGUGUUACAAGGAACGAUUUUGGAUGAUCUGUUCAAAGACACAUCGGCAGAAGAUGCUGCUGUGCGGAUUAAGGAUCUGAGGUCACAGAUGAAUCUCCUACGUGGCACCAUUCUCUACGAGCGGUCCAUGAUGGAGUACAGACUGGGGAUCCCAGUUUGGCAAGAGUGUUUGGAAGUUGCACUCGAGAAGUUCCAGCUGGCUGGAGCUUCUGCUACUGAUAUUGGCGUGAUGAUGAAGAAUCACAUCUCGAAUGAUAGUUCAAUGGAUGGAUUGGGGUUCAAGAUUGAUGAGAUAGUACAGGCGUGGAAUGAUAUGAACGAAGCCAAGAAGUGGCAGAGUCAUGUGUACUCGUUCCGUUUAGAGCCGUUGCUACGACGUAGAGUUUCGAAGAUCUAUCAUGCCUUGGAGGUCUCAUGAUGAUGUUCUUGAAACUUCUGACAGGAUCUAGUUGUUACUUGUGUACUAAGGGUGUGUUUGAUUAGACCUUUGGACUCGGUUAGGGAAGAAGUGACAAUAGUUAUACGGGAUUUUGUUGUGUGCAGAUUUCAACUUUGUAGAAGAUAGGCUCUCGUUCUCAAUACAACCUCGUGGCACGAGGAAAGGAAGCUGGCAAGUUGUUUGCAGUUUUUAGCUCCCUCACUUUGCAUAGCCUCACAACUUGUUCUUUUAGUCUAACCAGCAGGAACAAUGGGUGUUCUAUUCGUUAUUCAUUCAAAGUUGUCAUCCAAAAUAAACUUUGUUUUGCUUACCUUUGCCCUUGUUAUUUCAUAAGCUGUCCUUACUCCUUAGUAGUCUGAAAGUCAUCUAUGUUUGUAGAAUACCAGGAUAUUUGUUCUGCAUUUGACUGUAAUCUCCAUAGUUAUAUAGUCUCAAAUUUGCAAAUCUAUGUUUCCCAUUCUGGUUAAGAAGAAGCUGUAGUAGUAGAACCUUGGUCUGUGUAAGAAGGAAUUUCAGGGACAAACUUGCAAUUUUUGCUAUACUGGACAUGUUAUAGGAAUGAUGGUUCUUGUUCUUGAG